ACAUUUUCUAGUCCACUAAACUUUUUCCUUCUCAUCAAAGAAUCCGAAAUAAUACCGACGACAAAGACAGAGAGAGAGAGAGAGAGACCACAACUUCAUGUCCCCUUCGCACGCUCCCCCCCGGUAAGAUGUUUCGCCGGCGUAACGCAGCAGCCAUCUAUUUUUGACGCGGUCUUCUUCCGACCCUGAGAAAAAGACUUCCCCUUUGCUCGCCAAUUGCUGCCAUCUCUCUUUCUCCCCCCUCUACAAAAACCCAACAAACAAUAACUUUAGAGAGAGGGGGGUUUAAGAUAAGAGAGAUAAUGAGAGUUCGAGGCGCCAGCAGCGAGAGGAGAGUCUCGGCCAAAUGGAUACUGUUGCUGUGCGUCUCAAGCUUCGGCCUUGGCUUGCUCUUCACCAAUAGAUUCUGGAUUCCUCCCGAAUCUGAUGCACAGACCAUUUCAAGGCGGCGACAAGACCAAGAGCUUCAAGUACUAUCAGAAGAUUGCAUGACUAAAAAGAAGCUUGGUCAGGAUAAGGAUGGAAAUGUAAUGGACGAGGUGUCCAAGACCCACAAAGCCAUACAAUCAUUGGAUAAGACAAUAUCUACACUUCAGAUGGAGCUUGCUGCUACUAGGAGCUCUCAAGAGCUGACAGGGAUUACUGGUUCUCCACUGAUCUCUGGACAGCAGAGGAAAAAGGCUUUUAUUGUUAUUGGGAUAAACACAGCAUUCAGUAGCAGGAAGAGGCGAGACUCGGUGAGAGAGACCUGGAUGCCUCAAGGUGAGAAGCUCCAACAACUAGAGAAGGAGAAAGGAAUUGUCAUCCGCUUCAUGAUUGGCCACAGUGCUACUUCCAACAGCAUUCUAGACCGAGCAAUUGAUUCAGAAGAGGCUCAGCACAAUGACUUUCUUAGACUGGAACAUGUUGAAGGGUACCAUGAACUAUCUGCCAAAACAAAGACAUUCUUUUCCACUGCAAUUUCCAAGUGGGAUGCAGAGUUUUAUGUCAAGGUGGAUGAUGAUGUUCACGUUAACUUAGGUAUGUUAGCUGCAACUCUUGCUAGGCACAGAUCGAAGCCCAGAGUCUAUAUUGGGUGUAUGAAAUCUGGUCCAGUCCUUUCUAACAAGAACGUUAAGUACCAUGAGCCCGAAUACUGGAAAUUUGGAGAAGAAGGAAACAAGUACUUCCGUCAUGCAACUGGACAGAUUUAUGCAAUCUCAAAAGAUUUAGCCACAUACAUUUCAAUAAACCAGCCAAUUCUGCACAAGUAUGCUAAUGAAGACGUCUCAUUAGGUGCUUGGUUUAUUGGGCUUGAGGUGGAGCAUAUCGAUGAGCGUAACAUGUGCUGUGGAACUCCACCAGACUGCGAGUGGAAAGCACAAGCAGGAAAUGUGUGCAUUGCAUCAUUUGAUUGGAGUUGUAGUGGCAUCUGCAAGUCAGUGGAAAAAAUAAAGGAUGUACAUGCAAGAUGCGGCGAAGGAGAUGGAGCUGUUUGGAGCGAUCUCUUUCGAUAAAUGGCAGAGAAUUUUCUUUGUAUACUCUCGUCUCUGGAGCAAUUUUGGCAGUCAUAUGGCGUUCCAAUUCGAUAUUUGACACAUAGAAGACUCCUACACUUCGGCCACGAUAUUUAUCACGAGACCAAAGAGAUGUUGAUUGUGGUUAGAGAGUUUCUUGAUUUUUUUAGGUGUAGAUACGAGACUUGAGCUCCCCUUUUCUACACAUUGUGUGAUAUAAAAUGUGCCCACAAGUUUUGUGGAGAUUUGUAUCAGGAUACUGGAAAAAUUUAACGCGAAAAGAGAUUUGCUUUUGCCA